CGCAAUGCCACUCUGUACAGACUGAGCAUGUCAACACCAGACAAAAACAAAUCACAGAGAUUCACAAGCUUCACACCAACCUCCAUAGGAACCUUCACAGAAACAGAGAUGUUUCUCCCUGUCCUUGUUGUGCUGGGCCUCUGCCUGGUGCCUGGUCAGCCCCAACCCACAGGAGAACAUCUGGGCAGUCCUCUCCUGCAGCACUGUUUUGAGGAGGCUAAGAAACUUGUGGAUGAUGCGUAUUUGUACUCCAGACAAGAGAGUCUGAGGCGAGUCCGCAAGGACGUGGUGAGACCUCACGACACCCUCCGUCUCCUGAAGCAGCCUCGAGGGGAAACGCGCUCAGCUGUGAGGUCUGCAGACUACAUGGCCCAAACCCUUCGUCUGCUGCAUGACAGGGUGCAUCGUGUGCACAAGCGCUCGCUCAACGCAACAGACUUGCUCAGUGGAGACGAACUGAAAGAUCUCGCCAAGAUAACUGGAUGUGAGUCUCGAAUCCGCCUCCCAGAAUGCCGCAGCACAGCAAACAUCAACAAGUAUCGCACAAUCACCAGCGUCUGCAACAACUUAAAAAACCCUCGCCUCGGAGCCUCCAACACCCCCUUCUCCCGCUUGCUGCCUGCUGAAUACGACGACGGCAUCUCCCAACCCAAAGGCUGGAACAACCGCACGUUCAACAACUUCCUGCUCCCACUGGUACGACAGGUGUCCAACAACAUCCUGAGCACAACAGAUGCAGCCGUGGUCAGCGACAGAGAGUUCACUCACAUGGUGACCACGUUUGGCCAGUGGAUCGACCACGAUCUCACCUUCACGCCCUUCUCCCCCAGCAUCCGCUCCUUCAGCAACGGGCUGAACUGUGAUGAGAGCUGUGAGAAGAGCGAGCCGUGCAUCCCCAUCCCAAUUCCUCGGGGUGACCCUCGGCUUCCUUCCCGCCCCGACACCUGCAUCCCUGCGUUCAGGUCUGCCCCUGCUUGCGGAACAGGAUUCUCGGCCUACAAUUUCGGCGGAGAGCCCAACAAGAGGGAGCAGAUCAACGCGCUGACGGCCUUCCUGGACCUCAGCCAGGUGUACGGCUCUGACGACAAGCGCGCCCUUUCUCUUCGGGACCUCACUAACAAUGACGGCUUAUUGCGCGUGAACACGGAGUUCAGAGACAACAGACGUGAGCUGCUGCCCUUCGAUCACAUGGAGGCGAACAUCUGUGCCACGCGCAAAAGAAUCACCAACGACACAAACGCCAAGGAGGUGCCCUGUUUCUUUGCAGGUGAGGUGCGUGUGGACGAGAACAUCGCACUGACAUCGCUUCACACGCUGUUUCUGCGUGAGCACAACCGACUGGCCCGCGCCCUGAAAAGACUGAACCCCCACUGGGACAGUGAGACGCUCUACCAGGAGGCGCGCAAGAUCAUGGGCGCUCAUGCACAGAUAUUUGUGUUCAGGGACUACCUGACAAACAUUUUGGGCGACAAUGCAGUUCGGACACAGAUCGGCCGUUACCCCGGCUACAAUCCCGAUGUGGACCCCAGCAUAUCCAACGUCUUUGCAACAGCAGCUUAUCGCUUUGCCCACUUGGCCAUACAGCCAAUGUCAGUCCGUCUGGAUGGAAACUACAGGGAGAAUAGUCAAUUCCCCAGUGUGUCCUUGCACAAGGCCUUCUUCACCCCCUGGAGAAUCGUCUUUGAGGGUGGUGUUGACCCUCUGCUGCGUGGUUUGAUCGGCCGUCCCGCCAAGCUGAACACUCAGGAUCACAUGUUGGUGGAUGCUCUGAGGGAGCGGCUGUUCCAGUUUGCGCAGCAUCUGGCUUUGGACCUGGGCGCUCUCAACAUGCAGAGAGGACGUGACCACGGCUUGCCUGGCUACAACGCCUAUCGCAGGCUCUGUGGCCUGUCUCAGCCCAGGAACCAGGCGGAGCUCGGGCGGGUUCUGAACAACAGCAAUCUGGCCCGGAGGCUGCUGGAGCUCUACGGCUCGCCCAACAACAUCGACGUCUGGAUGGGAGGUGUGGCAGAGCCGUUCGUACGGGGUGGCCGUGUGGGGCCUCUGUUCGCCUGUCUCAUUGCAAGACAGUUCCGGGCUAUCCGCCAGGGUGACAGGCUGUGGCACGAGAACCCAGGCAUCUUCACCGUGAGACAGAGAGUCGCUCUGUCCUCCGUCACCUUGUCCAAGAUCAUCUGCGACAACACCGGCAUCACAACCGUACCGGCAAACGCCUUCAACGUCGUCUCAAACAAGAACCGGCUCGUCCGCUGCAACAACAUCCGAGGCGUGGACCUGACGGCGUGGAGCGACAACUCAGGCUCUGAUCCGGUCAUAUACAGUGUAGACACAGUGCCGCCUGAACACACAGGGCCGACUGAACCAACAGGGCCCCUGGACAAGGGCCCCUGGAUACACAGGGUCUUCUGGACCAACUGGGGCCCCUGGAGAAAUAGGGGCCCUGGACACACAGGGUCGCGAUACACGGCCUACGGCGCUGGAGAUGUGGACCUUAUGCGCAACAGUAAGCCGGUGCUGCACAGUUUCAAGUUCUAUCACGGGGGUCAAUACUUGUCUUCUGGGGAAACGGUGCUCAAGCUGGUGAAUGGAGACACAGUGUGGCUGGAGACUGGAAACAGGACCAUCGGAUUCUUCUCAGGACACCUGCUCUUCACCAUGUGACACAAAAACUUCUUCUCCUGACUGAAACGCCUUCAACACACCUGUGGUCUGUCUGCUGUGGGAUCUGUUUUAAUUACUCUGCCUCUAUGCACUGAACUUUUGUUAUUUUUUGCAGUCUUAUAAUAUUUCAUCCUCUAGACUUGGGCCAAACCAUACAACUUUAUACAUGUAAUUGAAAGAUUACAUAUGAGCAAGUAGCUUAAAGAACUUAAGAUGUUAUACUUUGUUGCAUGCAGUCUUUUGGAACAAGAUAUUCGUUUAUAGACAAUUUUGAAGGUGGGAAUUUCCAGUAUUAUUAUGAUUAUUUUAUGCUCAGAUGCAAUCGAGGUGGGGCUUUGUCUGCAAGGUUUGUUUCACGAUCUGUUGUACUUAGCAUUCAAUAAACAAAACCUUGAAGUGAAGCUUCAGCAA